AUGUCAUCACAUCCAACUUCAAGCGACACUGACGUGAAUCAGCGUCCAAAUAUCGACAAGAAUACCAUCCAUACCUGCAAGUCUGUCAAUAAGAGUAUUGGCAACAUUAGAAUCAAAAGCCGUGCCUUUACAAUCUCACGAGGAAGUAGCAGUGCAGAUAUGCGGCUGCUGUCUCGAUUAAUCGUUCUGUUUGCAUUUGGCUCAGUACUUUCGUUGUUGGUCGAUUCCUUGCAACGCAGCCAUCACAUUACUCGCUGGCCUCAAUCAUCUCGCUCUGAUGGACUGGGAUCAAUCAGCAGUGUGUUUGAAUAUGCUUUUUUAAUGGCAUCAGCAUGGAGAGGUGGAUCUGGCUCACUUUUCUCCACUGCAGGUUGGGUACCAUUAUCAUGUGGGCUUUCUGCAUGUCUUAUGGGUACACUCUAUCCAUUACUGGACCAGUGGCUUCUAUCUCGACAACAGGUUCUGGGCGUUAGAAGAGACUGGUCCAGUGCUCUAAGAUGCUGUGGGGGCUUCAUUGGCAUUAGCUAUGCUGCAUCGAAAUUGACAUUGGCCAGUAGUAUUCACAUGUCAGUAACUUUGGCACUCCUUGCUCUUGGUCUGUGGUAUUUGUUUGAUCGCACGAUCCAUGGCUUUGUUGUCUCGUUCAUUGGUGCAGCAAUUGGAACACUUGUCGUGUCGAUGCUUGUCCAGAAUGGCGUAUAUAGCUUUACACAAGCAGAUCUCUUUGGAGUUCGAUCAUGGGUCCCUUGUAUUUUGUAUACGGCAUGCAUAUGCAUAGGAUCAAUUGGUCGACUAUUGUAA